AUGAUUGUCAGAAGCAUAGUCAGCCGGCAUGGCAGCAGAGCCCUGCUGGCGCCAGCACUCGCCCGAUCAUGCCACCGCGCCGGCAUCACAACCGACGCCCUCGUCGGCGCCAUGACGCCCGAGACCUUUGCAGGCUUGACCACCUCCGCCGCCCUCGGCCAGAUCCCAGGCCGAGCCGCCCCUUCGCUCCAGCACGAUCCGGAUGCCGUCGCCGCGCGCACCGAGGCGAUUGAAGCGCGCUCCAAGACGGUGCCCAACGCCUACAACCGCUUCCGCCGCCAGCAGAACCUCCACGCCCGCGUCGGCGCCUCUGUGGGGCGGCCGUACGUCCCCUCUGCGCUGAUUGAGAACACGCCGAGUCCCAAGGAUAUCAGCCUCGAGCUCUUGAUGGCGAGUCAGACGCACAUGGGACAUCAUACUUCGCGCUGGAACCCGGCGAAUGCGAGGUAUAUCUAUGGUGUGCGUCAGGGGAUUCACAUCAUUUCGCUCGAGACGACGGCGGCGUACCUCCGUCGCGCGGCGCGCGUCGUCGAGGAGGUGGCGUACCGCGGCGGGUUGAUCUUGUUUGCGGGCACGAGGAAGGGACAGAUGGAUAUCGUGACCAACGCGGCGAAGCUUGCGGGCGGGUGUCAUUUGUUUACCAAGUGGACGCCGGGCAACAUUACGAACCGCGAUGUGAUUAACCAGGGGAAGGAGGUGCGGAUCGUGGACGAGAAGGAUUUGACGCUGCAAGGGUUUGAGAGGUUGCAGAGGACGGGGAGGCCGUUGGUGCCCGAUUUGAUUGUGUGUUUGAAUCCGAGGGAGAAUUAUACCAUGCUGUACGAGUGUGGGUUGGCGAAUGUGCCGACGAUUGGGAUUAUUGAUACGGAUGCGAAUCCGGAUUGGGUUACGUAUGCUGUUCCUGCCAAUGAUGACAGCUACCGCUCCGUCGCCGUCAUCGCAGGCGUUCUCGGACGCGCGGGCGAAGCGGGCCAGAAUCGCCGUCUCGCGGCCGCGGAGAAUGGCGAGUCGGAGUGGACCACACCUUUGGAGACGCAGCGCUUCAUGAAGGCUCAGGAGAAGGCGUGGAAGACGGAGUUGAAGAAGUGGGAGAUGACGAGCACGUUUUCGGCGCACAAUAAGGGUGAGGGUGAGGAGGCGAGGUUGCUUGAGAUGUUGCAGGUUGAUCGGACCAAGGCUGUUGACGGUGAGCUUUGA